UUGAGGUCCUUGACUACUUGAAGAAUCGUUACCAUCACAGUACGGCUUGAAGUUCUCAUCUUGAAUCGUCUUCUUCUUCUUCAACAGACGUCACCCGCUUGUUUCAAUCAGAAUGGUUGACUUGUCUACUCUAUCUCCUUCGGAGAUCACGGUGAUGGGAUCCGUGUUCUGCGUCUUGCUCUCGAUGCACUUCACCAUGCAGCUCAUAUCACAGCACCUCUUCUACUGGAAGAACCCUAAAGAGCAGAGAGCCAUUCUCAUCAUUGUACUCAUGGCUCCCGUUUACGCUAUCACCUCCUUUUUGGGCUUGCUUGAUGCCAAAGGAAGCAAACCCUUCUUCAUGUUUCUAGACGCCGUUAAAGAUUGCUAUGAGGCACUUGUCAUUGCUAAGUUCUUGGCGUUGAUGUAUAGCUACCUCAACAUAUCCACGAGCGGACAGAUCAUCCCUGAUGAGAUUAAAGGGAGGGAGAUCCACCACUCGUUUCCAAUGACGCUAUUCGUUCCUCGGACCACACAUCUGGAUCACCGCACGCUGGAACAGCUCAAUAACUGGACGUGGCAGUUCUGUGUUAUCCGCCCUGUGUGUUCCUUCUUGAUGAUAUCACUGCAGCUUCUUGGGAUUUAUCCACCGUGGCUGAGCUGGAUCUUCGCCGUUGUUCUAAACGUCUCGGUAUACUUGGCUUUGUAUUCUUUGGUGAAAUUUUUCCAUGUUUUUGCUAAAGAGUUGGAGCCUCAUAAGCCGCUUACCAAGUUCAUGUGCAUCCAAGGGAUAGUCUUCUUCUGCUUUUGGCAGGGAGUAGUGCUUGAGGUAUUGGUGGGAUUGGGGUUGAUAAAGUCGCAUCAUUUCUGGUUGGAGGUGGAGCAGCUUGGGGAAGCUCUGCAGAACGUGCUUGUGGUUCUUGAGAUGAUCGUCUUCUCCGUUAUGCAGCAAUACGCUUUCCACGUUGCUCCUUAUAGUGGAGAAACCGAAGCUAAGAUGAGAAUGAACAAGAGGGAUUGAUGAUUCCUGAGAGAAGGUUUAGACCAGAGAAUAUUUUGUUUUUGUUAAUGUGAAUCUUACUGAUUCUCUCUUACGAACAACAUGGAUACGAGUAAUAAUGUAUCUAUCUUUUGUUCUCUCUGCGCUAGUCACUAAACAUUACAAAUGUGAUUGAUGAAAGCUUGUCACUAAAAGGGAAACAAAACAAAUCUCUCUUUACUAA